CCCGCUCCGCCCGGUGCAGGGCGGGAGGACGCGGGGAGCGACCCCAGGCGGGCCGCCGGGCUUGACCUUGACCGUUGCUCGCCGUCGGCCUCGCGCCCACUGCCUGGCAACGGCCCGCUCCCCGCUCGCCCCGCCCACGCAGGCGGGCGCGGGAUCCCCGGCGAUCCAGGCCGGGUUUUGCGGCGGAACUGGCGCGUGCUGAUCCUUCAUCUGUCGCCCUUGGCAGCGGGAGGCGGCGGGAGACCAUGGUGCUGGACGAACUGUGGGCCGCGCUCUCCGGCGCCUCCGGGCUUGCCCUGGCCUGCUGCUUGGUGGCGGCGGCCGUGGCCCUGCGCUGGUCCGGUCGCCGGACGGCGCGGGGCGCGGCGGCCCGGGCGCGACAGCGGCAGCAAGCGGCGCUGGAGAACAUGGGCAAGGCUGCGCAGCGCUUCCGGCUCCAGAACCCCGACCUGGACUCCGAGGCAUUGCUGGCGCUGCCCCUGCCUCAACUGGCGCAGAAGUUACGCAGUGGGGAGCUGUCCCCGGAAGCUGUGCUCUUCACCUACGUGGGAAAGGCCUGGGAGGUGAACAAAGGGACUAACUGUGUGACCACCUACCUGGCAGACUGUGAGACUCAGCUGUCCCAGGCCCCAAGGCAGGGCCUGCUCUACGGUGUCCCUGUGAGCCUCAAGGAGUGCUUCAGCUACAAGGGCCAGGACUCGACAUUGGGCUUGAGCCUGAACGAGGGGGUGCCAGCAGAGUGUGACAGCGUGGUGGUGCAGGUGCUGAAGCUGCAGGGCGCUGUGCCCUUCGUGCACACCAACAUCCCCCAGUCCAUGUUCAGCUAUGACUGCAGUAACCCCCUCUUCGGCCAGACCAUGAACCCAUGGAAGUCCUCCAAGAGCCCAGGUGGCUCCUCGGGGGGCGAGGGGGCCCUCAUUGGGGCUGGAGGCUCCCCACUGGGCUUAGGCACUGACAUUGGGGGCAGCAUCCGUUUUCCCUCCGCCUUCUGUGGCAUCUGCGGCCUCAAGCCCACGGGGAACCGCCUCAGCAAGAGUGGCCUGAAGGGCUGUGUCUAUGGACAGGUGGCAGUACAGCUCUCAGUCGGUCCCAUGGCCCGAGACGUGGAGAGCCUGGCGCUGUGCCUGCGAGCGCUGCUGUGUGACGACAUGUUCCGCUUGGACCCCACCGUGCCGCCCCUGCCCUUCAAGGAGGAGGUCUACACAAGCUCUCAGCCCCUGCGUGUGGGGUACUAUGAAACUGACAACUAUACCAUGCCCACCCCGGCCAUGAGGCGGGCCCUGCUGGAGACCAAGCAGAGCCUUGAGGCUGCCGGCCACACGCUGGUUCCCUUCCUGCCAAGUGACAUACCCCAUGCUCUGGAGAACCUGUCGACAGGUGGGCUGUUCAGUGACGGCGGCAGUAGCUUUCUACAGAAUUUCAAAGGUGAUUUCGUGGACCCCUGCUUGGGGGACCUGGUCUCAAUUCUGAAGCUGCCCAGGUGGCUUAAAGGACUUCUGGCCUUCCUGCUGAAGCCUCUGCUCCCGAGGUUGGCAGCCUUUCUCAGCAGCAUGAAGUCUCGGUCGGCUGGAAAGCUCUGGGAACUGCAGCACGAGAUUGAGGUGUACCGCAACUCCGUGAUUGCCCAGUGGCGAGCGCUGGACCUGGAUGUGCUGCUUACCCCCAUGCUGGGCCCUGCUCUGGACUUGAAUGCCCCAGGGAGGGCCACAGGGGCUGUCAGCUACACUCUGCUCUACAACUGCCUGAACUUCCCAGCGGGGGUGGUGCCCGUCACCACAGUGACCGCCGAGGAUGAGGCCCAGAUGGAACGUUACAGGGGCUACUUUGGGGAUAUCUGGGACAAGGUGCUGCAGAAGGCCGUGAAGAAGAGUGUGGGGCUGCCUGUGGCCGUGCAGUGCGUGGCUCUGCCCUGGCAGGAAGAGUUGUGUCUGCGGUUCAUGCGGGAGGUGGAGCUACUGAGGACCCCUGAAAAGCGGCCAUCCUGACUUCUGCCCGCCCGCCCGCCCGCCCGCCUGGCUCUGGAGGACCUGAGACCCACAUCGAUCUGCAUCCAGCCUAGUCAGGGCACAGCUGCCACCCUGCGAGGAGAUGUUCAGCCUAGGGCAGGGCCUUCCGUGUCCCCCUCUCCUGAUCCCCUGCAAGAAGUGCAGACCCCCUGAGUCUGGACCUUGCUCCCCUCUCUGGUCCCCUCUCUCUGCCCUGACCCCCCAGGUGGCAGCCAGUGGGUAUGACAUAGGCAAAGGCCCACUAACUGUGUCCUUUCUGGCUGUCAUUGUUAGGGCACAGGGGAUUGGAAACUUGACCUUCUGGAGCCCGACUCUAGCAUGUCCGUCUCCUGCUCCAAAAGCUCCCCUGGUUCCCGUCACCCACAGAAUGGACACAGGCUUCUUAGAGUGGGCGUUGCAGCCCUGGUACUCCCCCCACACCCCUGAGACUAAGCCUUGCUUUGCUAGACAUUGUCCUCUUCUUCCUUCCUUUGCUCCUUCCCUCGGCCAAGGAUGCCCUUUCUGCUGCUCUACCAUUAAAUCCUUUGAGGCCCA